GCAGGGAGUAUCUCAGCUGGAGCAGAGAGAGAGAGAGAGAGAGAGAGAGAGAGAGGGGGAGAGGCGUACAGAGAGAGGAGUGUGUGUGGAUGUACUCCUGCCUCGCUGACUGACUGACUGACUGACUGACUGACUGUGUGUUUGUGUGUGUUUGUGUGUGACAGAGCGAGGGGAGGACGCGUGGAUACUACGCCACAGGACUGGAUGUGUUUGGCGUCACAGAACGAGACCACGCAUACAACCACAAAGAGAGCUGGGCCGACACAAAGUGCUGACUGAACUGCAGACAGACACCAGGGCAGAGUGCGGAGGAGUAAGCAGACAAGGCAGAGCACACGAGAACUGACCGACAGCGGCCAUGGCGAGCAAUAACACGGCCAGCAUCGCACAAGCCAGGAAGCUGGUGGAGCAGCUGAAGAUGGAGGCCAACAUCGACAGGAUAAAGGUGUCAAAAGCAGCGGCGGACUUAAUGUCAUACUGCGAAGCUCAUGCCAAAGAGGACCCUCUGCUAUCGCCGGUGCCGGCGUCAGAGAACCCGUUCAGGGAGAAGAAGUUCUUCUGUGCCAUCCUGUAAACCCGGCAUGGCCCUUCAGCAGUCUGCUCAGUGUGGGACUUUGAACGCGGACGUUCAAAAUACGUAGAAAUCUUCUAGUAGGAGGGCAAGUUAUUGCCCCUCCCCCCCUUUUCUCGGACGGCACCUAAAUAGUGCGAAAAUUUUAAACCCACAGAGUUUACAUGUAACUAUUAAAGGGGUUCUGGUUGUGAUAUUUUUAAAAAGGGGUGUUGCAGCAUGUUGAAGGGGUCUGUGCUUUAAGAUGACACAAAGAGGAGGAUGAUGAUGAUGAUGAUGAUGAUGAUGAGUGUGAUGAUAACCCAGAGACGUGACGGAGAACCAGUCAACCUACAAAGUGUUCAGGUUGUGAUGUGUACAAAAACAAAAACAAAAUAGAUAAAAUGAAAAUAAAAAUAAUUUGUGGUUCUGUUCUGGGACUUCCAAAUGUUCUGUUAAAUGGUUUGUUGGUGGGUCGGGUGACGUAGGACAACAAACCCGAAUACACCGACCAUUAAACACCACCUGAUUAUUGGAAUGUUGUUUUUUUUAAGUUGUUUAUGUUUCAGCUUUACCUAUCACCUAGAUAUCUUUCUAUAACUGUACGUGGAACAGCUCUGUUUACUUUUUAUUUGUUCGUUUUUACACCAACCGGUUAGUGAAAGCUUUUUGUUUUAAUAGGAUGUUUGAAACAUUCGACUCUGUGAUUCUUCUUUACAAACACCCGUCUGAAAAUCAAGUCUCCGUGUAUCGACAUCUAUCCGGCAAAUGUGAUGCAGUUUGUCUCCUUCAGAUACAAAAACCCUCUUUCUACUGUUUGUAUAAAAUGACUAGCAAGUAAACUGUGCUGUGCUGUGAGUUCUGAAUGUUUGUGUUUGUAUCAUUAACUAUUGCAUGAAAUGGACAAACAGUCUUUAUUUCCAUUCAUGUGGAGGUUGUAUAAAACAGAGGCGGCCUCCAUCUGGAAGUGCCAAAACGUAUUAAAAACACCAGUGAUUCAAUAUGGACUCAACAAGGACAUCUCUCACAUAUAAAUAAUUCUGGAUA